UAGUGACGUCACGAUACAACAAAAUGGCGCUAUAUUUGUCAGCUCCGUUUGGAGGAUGAAAAUAUUUUUCUCGAAUGUAAGACAUAAACAGAUGGAUACUUCAAUUGGACGGAAUGGCGGAACCUAAGAGAUUGUCUUUCACGACUGUUACACAAUCGAAGGAGGCAAAACCAAAGAAAAAGGACCCCAAAACUGUGCGCCUAGAAUUGACCCUAAAGCCAUCAACUGAUACAACAUGUCCAGAGUUUUUCUACACCGAUCUCGUGAAGAACGAGUUGGUUGAUAGUAAAACACCAAAUGGAGGAAUCCCAAAUCCCGAUGAUCCUUUUGGGGAUGACGAAGACCACGAAAAAAUUGCUGCGUUGGCAAAGAGUUUUGAAGAAAAAUAUGCCCCAAAGCCUGGCAAAAAGGGUAAAAAACGAGCUGGGCGCAUCACUGACCUAGUAGACCUGGGAGAUGGAUAUGAUCAGGAGGAUCCAUUUAUUGACAACUCCGAGGCGUAUGAUGAAGUUGUGCCAUUGUGUCUGACUACCACAUUAGGUGGAUUUUACAUCAACUCAGGGAAACUCGGAUUUAAGGAGGUGUCUGAUGACUCAGGGGAUGAAUUUAUAUUUCUUAAAAAGAAAAAGAAGAAGAGGAUGAUAGCAUCUGAUUCCGAAUCAGAAAACGAGGAACAUAGAAAGAAAAAGAAGAGGAAGAUAAAGGAUGGAAAUUUAUUAAAUGAGAAGAAGAAAAAGUUACUAAAUGGAGAGUCAGAGAAGACAUUUAAGAAACCAAAGAUCCCCACAGAGAAAGAAAAACAACCCAAAAAGAAGAAGGCGACAGUGGCAGAACUUCUAAAACAGCAGGGGGAUAUGUCAGUUAGCCAGACCAAUGGAACAAGUCUUGACCUGGAUCUCAUUAGUCCCUCUUCUAACGAUGAUUCCUCCCAGGAUGCCCAGUCUUACGAUGAAAGGAUUGGUGCUGUCAUCGACUCUGUCAUUGCCAUGGCUGCUUCUGACAAGAAUAUAGAAUCCAUGAUAGAUAAUCCCUUCAAAGAUGAUUCUAACAGCAAGGAUGAGAAAGUCAUUGAUGAAGCCACAGCACCUAAGCUUCCCCUUGACAUGCCUAAAGAAUUGGAGGAAACCAUCCAAAAACUGAAGCAGGCUGCUAAAACUUCUCAAGAGGGAAAAUGCAAAUUUUUUACCAAGGAAGUUAACAGUAUGCUCCUAGAUGUGGAGACAGGCUCCCGACGUUGGGGUAGCUGUGGUCAGAGGUCCAGUAUCUUCAGCCAUCUGGCUGCUUUCCUGCCCUGUUCCAAAGAUACCCUGUUAAAACGAGCCAAGAAACUGCAGCAGUCUGAACAGGAUGAUCAGCUUAAGGAACCAGUGCAAAAACUCAGAGAAGCCAUAAAUGGAAUGAUGCCUGCACUACAGGCAAGACAUGAGCAAGACUACCAAGCCUUUUUACAAAAACAAAAAGAGGAGAAGGAGACAAAAGAGGAGCAGGCUCCUAAAGAGGGCGUGAAUGACACCGAGGACAGCGAUGAGGAAAAGACAACUGAGGGUAGCAAGAGAGGAGCACCUAAAGGACCCAGGAGAAAGUUCAUCUGGACAGAAAGUAUCAGGUCUUUACUGUGUGAUAUAGUUCGUAUCAAGAUGAAGAGCUUUGACCUGAUGAAAACCAAGACACAGUCAGCGGAGGAAUACCUGAAGCAGUUCCUAGACAAGGAUAUCAAACCACUCUGGCCUAAAGGAUGGAUGCAAACUAGGAAUCUUAUUAAAGAGAGCAGAUCAGUUCAUUUGCAGUGGACAAAUGUACAAAAAGUGAAGAAGCAAGCAAACUUAAUCGUUAACAAAACCUCUUCCAUGCAUUCCACACCAAACUCACAGUCAUCAUCUACUGCCUCAAAGUUUGCACCAGGAUCCUCCCCUCUCCGUCCCCCAGCAGAAGAAAAUUCUAACAAAGAGAAGACAGAGAUCCCCAGUCAACCAGUAAAGCCUGACCCCCUGGCUGUUCAUAAUUAUGCUGGAAAACAACCUACUAAGCUAAAUGUUUCUCCACAGUCUGCGACUAAACUUAAUGUUUCUCCGCAGCCUGGAACUGCAUCAAAACUUGGAGAAGUGCACAUGUCGUCUGAUGCUUUGUCCCUGUUGGCUUCAUCAGCAGCCAAUCAGAAAUACCUAGACAAAUCAUGGGGUCAUGAGGUUAAUGACAUACUUAGAGCAUCACUCACUCCUCAAGUACCUGACAGCAAGAAAAAAUCUGAUCCAUCUAGUGCUAGCAGCAAAUCAUACAUGGAACAAUUCCAGACUUUUGCUUCAUCAUUGAUACAGAGACAAUUGUCAGAGGAAGCAUUAAAAUCUCAGGAAGUUAGUCCCAAGAAGAAAGAUUUAACAUUAGAGACUAAAUCUUACACUCAACAGCAGUUACUGAACAGGCUUCAGUCAGUGGCUGCCCAUCAGGCAAAACCUGUGACCCCAUCUUUCUCUCAUCAAGGGGUUGUAAAACCAGAGGUUAAAACAAUGGCACCUCCAGCACAUCAAAGCAAACCUCAGUCAAGCUUACCAGGUCAGACUACCAGUACAAAGCGACAAACUAUAAGUGAUGAUGUAUAUAGAAAGUUUCUGAUGGAAAGUGGAGUAAAUCUACCUCCUGCACAUGCUAACAAAUCAAACACUUCUAGCAAUAUCAUGCAUAAUGCUAGUGGAAUGGUUAAAGUGUCAACCUCAGAACCAAAAAGUGAUAAAACAAAAACAAUAGUGAUGUAUCCCUCGGCUUCAGCAGGCAGUCGGCCAGCCCAGUCUCUGUUCAAUACCACAGGCACAGCACGAGUUGUCCAGCCUGCAGCAGGUACUCCCUCAGGUCAGGGAGCUGCUCAAAACAAAUUGUCUUCAGUGUCAAAAACAUCCCCUAUGCAAGUUCAAAAACCAACAGGACAGAGUUCAUUGUCCCCAAGUAAUCCAGUUCCUAAAAUGGACAGUAAAACUGCUGAGCUCAUCCAACAAAUGAUUAAUUCUCAAGUCUCUAAAUCACCUUCUUCACAUUCCCAAGUGAAACAGAUCUCACCCACCAGUUACCAAGGGAAACCUGUUUCUCCGUCUUCUGUGUACAACAAAUCCUCACCCCAGCAGAGGGUGUCCCCACAGAACUGGAAUGUGCCCCCCAUUACUGUCCAGCAUAAGUCCAGUGUUGGAGGUAUGAUAAGUCCCUCACUCUCGAACCCUACUCCUGGAUACCAGACUCUGAAACUCUCCAACUUUUCCAGGGAUUCAGCAGCUUCCUCCAGUUUACCUCCUCCUUCAGUUGUCUCCCCUGGUGGUAUGUAUCCUCCAACCAGUCCUCUAUUACCUGGCAUGCCGAAUCCCCUACUUCAGACAAGACAACCUCAUCCAGGGCUGUACCCCCCAUACACUAGCAGUUCUCUUCUGCACCAUCCCUUCAACAACAGCCAAUACUCAGACAAAUCUAAAUCACCACAUGGAUAUUAAUAAGUAUUUGAGAACAUAUGGAGAUAGCCAUGACAUACCAGUACCACAUUACAGUCUUGUCAGAUAUCAAUAACAUACCAGUACCACAAUAGCAGGAUUCCUACAGUUUUGUCAGACAUCAAUUACAUACCGGUACCACAAUAGCAGAAUUCCUACAGUUUUGUCAGACAUCAAUAACAUACCAGUACCACAUUAGCAGGAUUCCUACAGUUUUGUCAGACAUCAAUAACAUACCGGUACCACAAUAGCAGGAUUCCUACAGUUUUGUCAGACAUCAAUAACAUACCGGUACCACAUUAGCAGGAUUCCUACAGCUUUGUCAGUGGGACUCUGUAGAAUAAAUAUGCUACAUGAUAAUCUGAUAUUGUCAAACUGGAAAAAACCUAAAUCCUUAUGAAAUAAUUAAUGAAUUAUAAACAUGUAGUCGUCUGUUUGAAGUGAUGACUAAGUAUUGUAAUUUGGGGCUAGCCAAAUAGAGUAACUGUUAACACAUGCAUGUACCUGUAUUAUUUUAGAGAACAUGAUAUUUACAAUACUAAACUGAUCUCGGAUUAUGUUCCUUGUAAUAAAAAAAAGUAUUGAACUUUUCCAGGUAUGAGCUGAGAAGUGUACUGUUCCAAGAGAUUAUUUUCAAAAUGAAAUAUCCAAUUAAUUUGUUUGAUGAAAAAUAUCUUAAAAAAAUAUACAUGUACUGGUGUACUACAGGUCAAUUUUGUGGGUUAUUUACAUGCAGUAAUUGUCAGUUAAUCACAAUAUCUGAAAAACAAAGAUAUAAUUAGAUAAAUAAAGGAUGUCAAUGAUUUUUUUUUCUGAAAUUGUUUACAUACUCAUUAUAUUAAAGAUAAAUAAGUAUAUGAAAACACAUGUAUAUGAAACUUUGAUUUUGUUGUAGAAGAUACCAAUUUUAAAAU